AUGAAGCCAACCUAUCGCUACGAUGGACGGCUGGACGGCAUAAGAGGCACGGGCUGCAGCAGCAGCAAUGGUGGCAGCGAGUGGAGGAAUCCAGGCUGGAGGAAGGCGUGGAGAGAAGGGAAGAGUGAGGCAGCAGAGCUGAUUGCACGCUGGUCCUUUCAGGCUCCACGCUGGUCGAAUGCUGGUCAUUCGGGACUUUUAGGCUCCAUGUUAAGAGUGAAGAGCCCACUUCGCGACGUUGGUCCAAAGAGCCGACCACCCUCCAGGGCAAAGGAGGUGCCGAAAGCAAUUCAACUGCCUGACACAUUCGCACGUCCCAACACCACCAACAGCUGCAGCAGUAGCAGCCUCCUCUGGUCCUCCUCCCUUUGGGUUUCAUGCCCCUCCUCCCUUUGGAAUCCUCUCCCAGCCCUUGCCUUGCACAUCUUGCUGCCAUUUUCCUUGCAUUUCCCCUGCACGGGCUCCUCAUGGAAGCAUGGUGCACCAGUAGGCCUGGCGUGGAGAGGCCCUGCUGCAGCACGUCACAAAGCCCUUGUCACCCUGCAUCUCUUGCGACCUCAUCCCCUCUGUCAACUCCGUCAGCCCCUCAUGCCAGCCACCUUGAUGCACCAGUAG